AUGAAUCUCCCUCCCGAUUUAGACCAACCAUGGUGUCGAGAACUGCUUUCAAGCCCCGGGACAGAGAUCGUCAGCCAACCCACAGCCAAGUCAGACCACGUGGACUUCCGACUAUCCAACAGCAUGUUUUCACGCACGCUGUACACACCGACGGGGAUUCGGGCACAGAUCAACUUCCGCAGGCCGACCAAGGAGCCCGACGCCGCCCGACCUUGGGAAUUUUGUUUCUUGUUGUCAGUGGGCGACGGUCUUGACGGUAAGACUGGCAGGGCACAUGGCGGCUUCAAUGCCCUCCUCCUCGAUCAGAUCACAGGUACUGUGGCCGCUGAGGCCAGUGGCGCUUUUGCCCCGGCUACUGCCACCAUGACCGUCGACUACAAGGCUCCCAUUGAUACCCCAGGCAUCAUCUUAUGUCGUGGCUGGGCUAUCGAUAUCACGGGGAGGAAGAAUUGGAUCAAGGGAAGCAUCGAGGAUCCCUCCGGCAAAGUUUUCGCCUCCGCAAAGGCUCUGUUUGUCAGUCCUAGAAUUCAGAACUUAUGA